AUGUGUAAUGUGUCAACGUAUGUCAAAAUAUUGUGAAAAAAAGUUUUUAAUGUUUGUGAAAUGGAUGUUGCCACAGUGCGAAAUGAAAAUGCAAAUUUACGUAAAAUACAACAAAAACUGCUCCAAUGGGACACACUAGCCCCAUUGACAACAAACCAAUUAGAUUUCCUCGAACAGCUGAACGAAAUCUGUGAUGGAAAUUCGAAGAAAGAGGUCGAUUCAGUAUCGCCAAAGGAUGCUGCCCAUCCGAAUCGUCUAGCCGCAAUGUCUGAUAUCAGCAGUAAAGCCUUUGAGCGACUACAAACCGAAACCGGUGCGAUCGAAUCGACACAGACAUUCCUUGCCUGGUACAAUUCGGUCGAUCUUGAACUGUACGAAAAAUCCGACGAACUGCAUCAACAGUACUACGAACAAUUACUGACUCGGAGCCGUGACUGUGACAACCUUAUCGAACAAAUCGAUUUGUCGUUGUCGUCGUUGAAUUUGCUGAGCACGGACUACAAUUUUGUGUCGGACAAGACGAGCUCGUUGAACACGGCCAGUGAGAAAUUGAUUUUGGAACAACGGAAACUGAACGAAAUUGGCGAUGAAAUUAAGCAACGUCUCCACUAUUUCACGCAAGCUGAACAAUUGUCCCAGCGGCUGCACAGUCCGAUGCUGUCCGUAGCAAGUGAAAUAUUUAUGCAAACAUUGAAUUCCAUCGACGAGUGUCUGUUGAAUCUUAAGUCCAAUCCCAAGUUCAAAGAUGGUCCCAUCUAUACAGUCAAAUACAAGCAAUGUCUUGCCAAGGCAGUGCUGGUUAUGAAAACGUAUGUGAACAACAUAUUCGUAACUGCAACCGAACAGGUCUUGGAGUCAAAACAAACGUCGAAGACAGAUGAAAGGUCGUCGGACGCUGCAUUUGCAAUUUACUACGGGAAAUUCCAGGCGUCCGCACCUAAGGCAAAACAAAUAACGUCUGUGAUAGAAGAACGAUUAGACCGUAACACCGAGUACGAGCAGUUGUUGUCCGAAUUGCAUCAAGGUUAUUUAUCACAAAGAGCUAACAUAAUGUCGUCGGAAGUGGAACGAUCGAUAAAAGAUCUAACGUUGUCGUACAAACGGGACCACUGUGCCCUGGUUAGGUCAGCCUGUGCUUUCAUCGUUCACGUGUCGCAAGACGAACAUCGACUCUAUUAUCAGUUCUUCAGUCAUGCCAGUUCGCAAUUAGUAACGUAUUUAGAGGGCCUGUGCACAAUUUUGUAUGACAUUUUGAGGCCUUUCAUCAUCCAUAUCAAUCAUUUGGAAACAUUAGCGGAAAUUUGUAGCAUUUUACGGGUGGAAAUGAUCGAGGAGCACGUUCAGCACAAUCCUGAGUCCCUUGAAGCGUUCGGUAAAAUCGCCAAUCAAUUACUACAGGACGUACAGGAGCGGCUCGUGUUCCGUGCUCAUUUAUAUCUACAGUCGGACAUUUUGAAUUACAAGCCUUCGGCUGGAGAUCUUGCCUAUCCCGAAAAAUUGGAAAUGAUGGAGAGCAUUGCCAUCUCGUUACAAGAACCGAUUUUAAGGCGAUCCGAUUCACGCUCUUCCAUGAUAUCGGUUGGUUCUGAAAUUGACAGUAUUACCAGUGCUGCUGAACAGCAAUUGCGCGCCAGGACGGGAAAUUCACCAGCCGAUUUGCAUGGGAUGUGGUAUCCAACUGUUCGUCGGACAUUAGUGUGUUUGUCGCGGCUGUACAGGUGCAUUGAUCGUCCAAUAUUCCAAGGAUUGUCGCAGGAGGCCCUCACUUUUUGCAUACAGAGCGUUUCGAAUGCGGGCCAACAAAUAUCGGCAAAGAAAACAAUAAUCGACGGUGAACUAUUCGAAAUAAAGCAUUUGCUGAUAAUUCGUGAACAAAUCGCUCCGUUCCGGGUGGACUUUACGGUGAAAGAGACGAGUCUCGACUUCAGCAAAGUGAAAACAGCUGCAUUCGGGCUGCUACAAAAGCGGAAGCAAUUAUUUGCGCUGGGAACAAACAACGCUCUGUUGGAAUUCCUGUUGGACGGAACGCCACAAGUGAAAGAGCAUCUGCACGAUUCACGCAAAGAUGUCGAUCGUCAACUGAAAACCGUUUGCGAGCAAUUCAUUCGUGAUGCAACCAAAUUGCUCAUCGAACCGCUGACAGUUUUUCUGGACAGAGCGCAAAAUUUGCUGAAACAGCCGCAAACCGCACAGUCACCACAGUCUACGACACCAAAAAUCAAUUACGCCUUGCGUCAAACGCCCUGGGCCAGUCCGCAACAGAUUAGUGGCAUUAUCCAGGAGUCUCAGCGCCUUAUCAAAAGCAAAUUGUCCGCAUUUCAACGAUCCAUGCAAUUGUAUCUGAGCAACAGAGACACGGAAUUCAUUCUAUUCAGACCCAUUCGCAAUAACAUCAUCGGAGCGUUCGUCAAAUUGGAACAAACUUUGACCACGAACGGUUACAGCAACGAUGAUCUCAUCAUUACCAGUUGUCCAACUGCUGAUCAAAUUUCGUUGUUGUUAUCUAGUGCUAGUGUAAUGACGGACAAUAGUAUACUGCUGUCGCAGCAACAAACUCGUCGGAUAAGUUCCGUUUCAAUGGAAAGCGAGAAAGUGUCACGGAAAACGUCGGUCGAGAAGAAAGUUAGUUUUGACAGAUCGGUUAGUGAAGUGGACGAAAUGGAAAAUGUUGCGGAAAAUGAAAAUGAUGUUCCGAGGUAGGUUCGGGGGCGAGAGGAGAAAUUGAUUUGUUUUGCUGUUUACACGAAAAUUAUUUUAUUUAUCCACGCACUGCAUGGUGCAAUUUUUAUAUUAAACUGCCGGAAUAAAAUUAAAUCAAAAUGUUCAUG